AUGGAUUCAAAAGAAACUGCUGCACUUCUGGCAAUCACGUUAUUAUCUGUGACCUUAGUCAAUGGUCACUAUUACAGAUACAAUGCUGGAUCCAAUCGAGGCGGUGAAAAUUCAGACAGCUCAGAAGAGGAACGUAACGUUGCCUACAGAGGAGUAGCUCAUGGGCGUCAAGGACAACGAGGCCCACGAGGCAUGCCAGGCCCACCUGGUCCAUCAGGAUCCCCAGGAAAACAAUGUGUUGGACCACAAGGACAACCUGGUCAGCCUGGAAAACCAGGACAACCGGGAGUCUCUGCUCUGGGAACACCAGGCAAUCCUGGACCUCCAGGAAAGUCAGGUGUAAAAGGAUCUCCAGGAUUAAAAGGUAGUAUAGGACCUCCCGGAAUGCAAGGAUCAAUAGGCUAUCCAGGCCGUCCAGGCUCUCCUGGCCCAGCUGGUUUACCUUCCACUGGGAAACCCGGUGCGCCAGGACCAUCAGGAGCCACAGGAGCAAGAGGACCACCUGGGGAAAAAGGAGAUCUAGGGUAUCCUGGCCAGCCUGGGUUAAAGGGGGAAAAGGGAUUGGGAAUUUCAGGACGUCCAGGUGAAAGAGGUCCUUCAGGGCCUCCAGGGAAACAUGGCCCCCCAGGAGCAGUGGGAUUUGGAAGACCAGGAGCCCCAGGUGGUCCUGGUGCAAAGGGUGAAAAGGGUUCUGUAGGUACACCAGGUCCCUCUGGGUAUGUGGGCCCACCAGGUGCACAAGGACCCCCAGGACUACCAGGAAUAGGAACAUCUGGAGCCGAUGGUGCUGCUGGGUUACCAGGACCGCCAGGACCUAAGGGUCCUUUUGGUUCACAAGGUUUGCCAGGAGCACCUGGACUGCCUGGGUUUGGAAAAGCGGGUUUUCCAGGACUUAAAGGAGAUCCUGGUGCUCCAGGUCCUGCUGGAUAUCCUGGAGAGAAAGGAGCGGAAGGAAGACCUGGUACAGGAGGGGUACCCGGAGCGAUAGGACCUCCUGGUCAACCAGGAUUACAAGGUCUCAGAGGUCUAUCAGGCCUACCCGGUGCAAUUGGACCAAAAGGUGAAGCAGGACUAAGAGGUGUACAAGGAUUCCCAGGAAUAAAGGGUGAGCCAGGACCAGGAGGUGCUCCAGGAAAAUCAGGAAUUUCAGGAGAACAAGGUCUACCAGGUCUAGAAGGAUCAAGAGGACUACCUGGUGAAAAGGGUAAUAUUGGACCUGUUGGACCAAUUGGAAAAUCAGGUCCACAAGGUGCUCCAGGUCUUCAAGGACCACCGGGAUAUCCUGGAGAAGGUGGGGCGAGGGGAUCUCCUGGAUCUCCAGGAGAAAGUGGUCCACCUGGGCCUCAGGGGCCUCCAGGAUUCCCUGGGGAAAAGGGAGAACAAGGAUUCCCAGGUCUACCUGGGCUACCUGGUUUUGCAGAUAUCAAUUAUGAAAAAAUACCAUCUGGUUUACCUGGACCACCAGGACCAGAGGGUCUCCCAGGCCCACCUGGGCUACCUGGUCUACCAGGCCCACCAGGAGAAACACUAAUACAACCAGGGAAAUUUGGAACAUAUGAUAGUUACAGCACAGGAGAAGACUACUCAUCAGGAAUCUUGAAAUCAAUUCCAUCUUUUACAGCCAUUCUUUCAGAAUCAUUUCCAUCAGCAGGAAGACCAAUAGCAUUUAGAAGGAUACUAUCUAAUCAAAACAGUAACUAUGAUCCAUCAACUGGGAUAUUUACAUGUCAAAUACCAGGGACCUAUCAAUUCAUAUAUCAUGCACAAGUCAAUGGAGGAAAUCUCUGGAUUGCAUUGUACAAAAAUGGUGAAUCUGUUAUGCACACAAAGGAUGACUAUACCCCAGGCAAUAUCGACCAAGCCUCAGGAAGUGCAAUAUUACAUCUGUACGAAAAUGACCAAGUCUGGUUGCAGUUGCCAUCAGAAAAUUCCAAUGGUUUAUACACAAGCAGUGACAUGCAUUCAUCCUUCUCUGGGUUUCUAAUUAACACAUCGUUACUGUUAACCUACUUAAACACAAUGUAUGUCGAAGUACGGUACCACAAUGUAAAUCCUAUUUGUCUGUGGUUCACAGAAGCAAGAGGUCAGCCGGGACCACCGGGACCAGAGGGACCACCUGGUCCACCAGGUGCAACAGGGCAUCCAGGAAAAUCCGGCAUCGGAACCCCAGGAGCCCCUGGUAAACCCGGACAGCCAGGGCACCAAGGAUUGUCUGCUGUAGGAAAACCAGGUAUGGCUGGGCCACCUGGACAGCCAGGCAGCAGUGGGUAUCCUGGAUUGAAAGGAGACACAGGACCUCAAGGAAAGAAUGGGCCUAGAGGUAUGGCAGGACCACCUGGAGCGCCUGGACAAGCUGGACUGUCAGUUGUUGGUAAACCAGGUCCUCAAGGAGCAGCAGGUUCUCCAGGAACAGCAGGAGCACCUGGAGCUAAAGGACACCCAGGUUAUCCUGGCCAACCUGGUCCAAAGGGAGAAAAGGGAAUUGGGAUUCCAGGCCGUCCUGGAAACAGAGGUCUUCCGGGAGCACCAGGACCCCAAGGGUCCUCUGGCCCAGCAGGAUUAGGAUCUUCAGGAGCCGCUGGUGAACCUGGUGCACCAGGUGAUAAAGGUGCAAUGGGUCCCCCAGGCCUACCUGGAUAUACAGGGGCACCAGGAGCAAAGGGACAUAUUGGGCUGCCUGGGCAACCAGCGACUGGGAAGCCUGGAGCCGAUGGUGUUCCAGGGUCACCAGGAGCUUCUGGCCCCAAGGGGAACCCUGGUCCACGUGGUUUCUCAGGUUCUCCUGGAUUUCCCGGUUUUGGGAAAACAGGUGCACCAGGACCUAAAGGAGAACCUGGUCCUGUUGGUCACUCUGGUUUUCCUGGAGAGAAAGGAGAAGCAGGACAACCUGGUGCCAAUGGUGCACCUGGACCUGUAGGGCCAGUUGGUCCACCGGGACCUCAAGGUCCAAGUGGUGUACCAGGUAUAGGUGGUGCACCAGGAAUGAAAGGUUUACGUGGACUAACAGGUCCACAAGGAUAUCCCGGAUCAAAGGGUGAGUCAGGGUUUGGAGGUGCCCCUGGAAAAUCAGGCCUUCCAGGAGAAAAAGGUGAACCAGGCUCACAAGGAACAGCAGGGCCAGCUGGCCAACAAGGUGAGCCCGGACCUGUUGGUCGACCUGGUACACCAGGAAGUUCGGGUGCCCCAGGUCUUCAAGGUGCUCCAGGUUUUCCAGGAGAAGCAGGAAGAGAAGGGCCUCCUGGAUCACCUGGUCCAAAAGGUCCAGCUGGGAUUCAGGGUGCUCAAGGAUACCAAGGACUUAAAGGUCCUCCUGGAAACCCAGGGAAACCAGGUCCUCCAGGUAUCGUCAGUAGAAAGGCAACUAAGGGCCGACCAGGCCCACCUGGGCAAGAAGGAGCAGAAGGUCCUGAAGGUCAACCAGGCCCUCCCGGUCCACCUGGUCCACCGGGAGAAAUCAUUGUCCAACAAAAUGAAUAUGAAGUGCCACCAGCAGGACUGUUAAUGGCUAUUCCAGCUUUUACAGCUGUUCUUUCUAGACCAUAUCCACCUACAGGACAACCAAUUGUAUUUGACAUAAUUUUAACAAAUUCAAACAACAACUAUGAUGAAUCAACUGGAAUCUUUACGUGUGAAGUAUCAGGCAUUUAUCAAUUUGCUUUUCACUUACACGUCAAGGGAUCAAGUGUUUGGAUUGCAUUGUAUAAAAAUGAUGAACCUGUAUUGUACAUGUAUGAUGCUUACUCAAAAGGGAAUGUUGAUCAGCUUUCAGGUUGCGUUGUAUUACAUCUACAAGAAAAUGACCAAGUCCAUUUAGAGUUACCUUCAGAGGAGUCCAGUGGUUUAUAUUCCUCUGAUCACAUGAGCUCAUCAUUCUCAGGGUUUUUAAUUGCCCCGUUUGAUGUUGACAGUGAUCUGUCAGUGAUCAACCCAGGAAUCAGACAUUUUUACUGCUGGAAGUCAGAACAUUCAGGAUUCGAUAUCAGCAACAGUCAUUUUCUGGAAAUAGCAUCAGCCAUGUUUUUCCACACUGCACCAACAUUAAAAGUUCUUGUAAAACAAAAAAUUCUGCUAAGCAAAUGUGGGUCAAAUCAUCAUCUGAAGAAAAAAGUCCUUCAACUUUCAUCAGAAUUCUAUGGGACUGGAUAUGAUAGAUAUGCCUACAUGCGCAAGAACGUAAAAAGCUAUGGAGCCUCUGAUGUAAAAGGUUAUACUUCACAGAUCGCUGAAGAUUAUGUGCAGAAUGGUGACUCUGAAGGCACAGAGAGUGAAGCAACAGGCCCACCUGGACCUCCAGGGCCCCCUGGACCACAAGGACCACAAGGAUAUCCUGGUAAAACAGGUGUCGGAAUGCCAGGAUCACCCGGUAAGCCCGGAAAACCAGGACCAAUGGGGUUGUCUGGUGCAGGAAAACCAGGUUUUCCAGGAGCACCAGGAAAGCCAGGAGAAACAGGAGCUCCUGGAGAAAAAGGUGACAGUGGACCUUCAGGUCUCCAAGGACCAAGAGGCCGAAUGGGAACCAAAGGAUCACCUGGCCCACUGGGAUUGUCCAUAGCAGGUAAACCAGGUCCUCAAGGAGCAGCAGGUUCUCCAGGAACAGCAGGAGCACCUGGAGAGAAAGGACACCCAGGUUAUCCUGGCCAACCUGGUCCAAAGGGAGAAAAGGGAAUUGGGAUUCCAGGCCGUCCUGGAAACAGAGGUCUUCAGGGAGCACCAGGACCCCAAGGGCCCUCUGGCCCAGCAGGAUUAGGAUCUCCAGGAGCCGCUGGUGAACCCGGUGCACCAGGUGAUAAAGGUGCAAUGGGUCCCCCAGGCCUACCUGGAUAUACAGGGGAACCAGGAGCAAAGGGACAUAUAGGGCUGCCUGGGAAACCAGCGACUGGGAAGCCUGGAGCUGAUGGUGCUCCAGGGUCACCAGGAGCUCCUGGCCCCAAGGGGAACCCUGGUCCACGUGGUUUGUCAGGUUCUCCUGGACUUCCCGGUUUUGGGAAAACAGGUGCACCAGGAUCUAAAGGAGAACCUGGUCCUGUUGGUCACUCUGGUUUUCCUGGAGAGAAAGGAGAAGCAGGACAACCUGGUGCCAAUGGUGCGCCUGGACCUGUGGGGCCACUUGGUCCACCGGGACCUCAAGGUCCUAGAGGUUCAACUGGUGCAACUGGUCAAGGAGGUGAAAAAGGACAAUUAGGACCAAUAGGUCCACGAGGGUAUCCAGGAUUAAAGGGUGACCCUGGACCAGGUGGUGCCCCAGGAAAAUCAGGAUCUACAGGACAACCAGGUUCUCAGGGGCCACAGGGAAUUAGAGGGCCUCUUGGGUACAAAGGCAAUACAGGACCUGCUGGGCAACCUGGCAAAUCAGGUAGCCCAGGACGUCCAGGUGUUCAAGGGCCACCUGGUUAUCCUGGUGAAGCAGGUUUGAGAGGAGCUUCAGGACUAACUGGGCCAAUGGGUGCAACAGGGUCAAAAGGAAGUUCAGGCAGCCGAGGAGAGAAAGGUGAUCCAGGUCUCCCUGGUCCUCCAGGACCUUCAGGUGUUUAUUAUGGAAAAAUUGCAUCUGGCCCAAUUGGUCAACCUGGACCAAUCGGAUUAGCAGGACCCCCUGGGCAACCAGGACUCCCUGGCCCGCCAGGCCCACCAGGAGAGAUUAUUAUGCCUCCACCCAAAUACGGAGCCUAUAACGGCUACAUUACAACAGGAGAGCACCCCAAUGGAUUGCUGAGUCCUGUCCCAGCCUUCACAGCCCUUCUUUCCAAUUCACACGCAACAGCAGAACAACCAAUAGUGUUUGACCAAAUACUAAUCAAUCAAAAUAAUAACUAUAAUCCAUCAACAGGGAUUUUUACGUGUGAAAUUGCAGGCAUCUAUCAAUUUAAUUAUCAUGUAUAUGUCAGUGGAGGAGCACUUUGGCUUGCCUUACAUAAAAAUGAGGAACCUGUAGUGUACACAUAUGAUGAAUGUCUAUCUAACCAUGUUGAUCAAGCCUCAGGAACUGCUAUAUUACACCUGUAUGAAAAUGACCAGGUCUACCUACAGAUACAAUCAUACGAAUCCGAUGCUUUAUAUUCCUCUGAUCAAAUGCAUUCAACAUUCUCAGGUUUUUUAAUUUAUCCAUCGUGA